AGUGCGUAGUUUAACAUAUUGCGUUACAUCAUGCCAAGGACUUACGAUCAGGAAUUAGCUUUCUUGGAGAAGAUUACUCCAACAUGUUGGAAGAUAAAAAAGGGUUUUGUCCCAAAUAUGAACGUUGAGGGUGUUUUCUAUGUGAAUGAUUUCCUCGAGAAACUUAUGUUUGAUGAACUGCGAAAUUUCACUAGAAGUGGUGAUUACGGUGGCUUUCUACCAGGCAUGAAACAAAUAGGAAACGUUGCAGCGCUACCUGGAAUAGUGCAUCGUUCAGUUGGUUUACCAGAUGUGCAUUCAGGGUAUGGUUUUGCCAUCGGUAAUAUGGCCGCAUUCGAUCUGACUAAUCCAAAAUCAGUUGUCUCACCUGGAGGUGUCGGGUUCGAUAUCAACUGUGGAGUUCGGCUUAUACGUACAAAUCUGAAUUUAAAGGAUGUCCUCCCGGUGAAAGAAAAACUCACCCAAACUUUAUUCGAUCAUAUUCCUGUUGGUGUUGGUUCAAAAGGCAUCAUACCAAUGGAUGCCCAAGCUCUUGAAGAAGCUUUAGAAAUGGGGAUGGACUGGUCUUUACGACAAGGUUAUGUGUGGGCUGAUGAUAAAGAACACUGUGAAGAGUAUGGCCGUAUGCUUCAAGCUGAUCCAGCUAAAGUUUCAUCACGAGCCAAGAAACGUGGAUUGCCACAGCUGGGAACAUUAGGAGCUGGUAACCAUUAUGCUGAGAUACAGGUUGUGGAGGAGAUUUUCGACAGACAUGCUGCAACUAAAAUGGGCAUUGAUCGUUUGAAUCAAGUGGUUUUAAUGAUUCAUUGCGGUAGCCGAGGAAUGGGUCACCAGGUUGCAACCGAUGCCUUAGUUGCAAUGGAAAGAGCAAUGAAACGUGACAAAAUAGAGGUGAAUGAUCGACAAUUAGCUUGUGCACAUAUCACUUCUGACGAAGGUCAAGAUUAUUUGAAGGCAAUGGCAGCUGCUGCCAACUACGCUUGGGUUAAUCGAUCUUCCAUGACAUUUCUUGCUAGGCAGGCUUUUGCAAAAAUUUUUAAUUCUACACCGGAUGAUUUAGAUAUGCAUAUCAUCUAUGAUGUAUCACAUAAUAUUGCCAAAGUAGAAGAGCACUGGGUAGAUGGCAAAAUAAAAACGUUGUUAGUUCAUCGUAAAGGAUCGACUCGUGCAUUCCCACCUCAUCAUCCCUUGAUUCCUGUUGAUUACCAGCUAACCGGUCAACCUGUAUUAAUUGGUGGGACUAUGGGUACUUGUAGUUAUGUUCUUACCGGUACAGAAAAGGCAAUGACUGAAACUUUUGGAUCUACAUGUCAUGGUGCUGUAAGUGAUGUGAUAAAGAAUGUCUAUCUUUUACACAUAGCUAUUUUAACAAUUUCAAUGGGUGCACACGGUUGAGAAGUCCUAUACUAGGAUGAAACAGCUAUCCAGUGCUCCCAGGCCUCCAAUGUGUUCUUCCAACUGAUUUCAGUCCAUGAUGAAUACCAAAGUGAAAUCAAUAAAUCCCCCCCCUAAACUGGAUUGAUCUCAUGCCUAUUGGUGACUAGCUUCGAAAGGUGAUUCCUGAAGUUUCAAUGAGAAGUCAUGACCGACGGGUCAAACCUGGUGGAUGUGAGGACAAACACUCAACGAUGACAUCGGGUGAUGGUCGUGCUAUGUAAUGAAUUGACAGGAGUUGGAAAUAUGGAAGAUUGGAUUCUGACCCACUGGCUCAAUGGUAACGUGUUGGCCACAAAACCUGGAGGUCCUGGGUUCGAUCUCUGGUCUAGCGGGAUCGUAGGUACGCACUGCUGAGGAGUGAGUCCCACAUUAGGACGAGACAAGUUGUCCAGCGCUCUCAGGUUUCCAAUGUUCCUCCAACUGAUAUCAGUCCAUGAUGAAUGCCAACUUGACAUUUCCUGACCGUAGUUGUUCCGAGUUUUGUGGAACAAUUUGAGCUCCAAGUUCGAAUUAAUCACUGUAAAAAAAAUGAGUUUUAAGAUAAUUUUAUCAUGUUUAAGAGAUCCAAACGGAUCCUCCUAAAUGUUCUGCUGUGUAAGUCGCAACUUCUUACUGAAUCUAUUAAUUUAACAACAUUUUUUGUGUGUGCUAAAAUAUUUAUUUCUCCUAAUUUUAAUUCUAUAUAUGCAUGUUUGUAUUUCUCAUACUUAAUUGCUUUCUGGGAUUCUGAAGUCGAUCGAUAUAGUCGUGGAACUAUAGCACCAUUGAGUGAUGGUCUAAGAACCAUUCCACAUGCUUUACCCAAAGUAAAAAUUUAUGGAAUCAUACUUAUUUUCUACUAUUCGCAUCAAAUAUCUUCUAUUUGAAUGUAAUAAUACACACGGUUUUAUCAUUUUCAGGGUCGUGCAUUAUCACGAGCAAAAUCUAGACGCAAUCUAGAUUAUACAGAUGUUUUAGAACAACUACAAGAAAAAGGCAUAUCAAUACGUGUUGCUUCACCUAAGCUUGUUAUGGAAGAGGCUCCAGAAUCGUAUAAAAAUGUUACUGAUGUUGUAAAUACAUGUCAAGCGGCUGGGAUAAGCAACAAAGUAUUAAAACUACGUCCGAUCGGUGUAAUCAAAGGCUGAUCUGCAUUUCCUCUACUGAGAUGUCUUUCCAUCCUCUUUUCUUCAGUCGGACAAUCUGUACACAAUACUUUUCACAGUUUUUGUUUAUUUUUAUGCAAGUACUACUACUAUCACCGCCAACAGGUUUUUCUGCUUUGUUGUCAUUUCAUCUAUGAACAAUAAAUGUGAUAAUUGAUGGUGUGAAACACUGUGCUAAAUAAAAUUUUAUCAUUGAUG